GAUCUCAAAACACCGCUGAAGCUGGGAAGCGCACUGAUAUCUCCAGAAAUGGGAAUACUUCCAAGAAACAGGUUGAGAAUAUUGAUGAAAAUCAUAAAAGAAAAGCCUGUUGUACUAGCGGAACCUAUCCUUAAUGGAGAUGGCAAAGGGAGUCAUGGGGCGGAGAUGGGAAAUUCAGAAGUAGAAUACAUUGAAUCUGAGAAUUUGAAGGAUGUUGAAGAUGUAGAUAUGAGCCUGAAGACGCUGUUGAGUGUGCUGGAAUCCACGGACUGGGUUUUAGUGUGUGAGGCACUUAAUGGUGUACGACGUUUGUCCAUGUUUCACAGAGAAGCAAUGCUUGAUAUGUUGGGACAUGUAAUCUCGCUUAUUGUGAAAUCCUUGAAGAAUCCAAGAAGUGCUGUUUGUAAGACCGCUAUCAUGGCUUCAUCUGACAUUUUCAAAGCAUACUGUGGCAGUUUAAUUAACUCAUUGGAUCCACUGCUUGUUCAACUUCUGCUAAAAUCUUCACAAGACAAGCGAUUUGUAUGCGAGGCAGCUGAGAAAGCUCUGAUAUCCAUGACGACAUGGGUUUCUCCAGUUCUACUGUUACCUAAGCUGCAACCUUAUCUUAAAAACAGAAAUCCUCGAAUUCGAGCGAAGGCUUCAAUGUGCAUUUCUCGAACUGUACCCCGUCUGGGAGUCGAUGGAAUCAAAGCAUAUGGAAUUGAGAAGCUGAUCCAACUGGGUUGGACCCCACACCAACUUGCUGCAUCUCAACUCAGUGACCAACUCCCUGAAUCAAGGGAGGCUGCUCGUGCUCUAUUGUUAGAACUGCAAAAUGUCUACGAGAAAACACUUGAUAUGACGCCAACAGAAGUGAGUGAAGACCCCCAAACAAUUUCCUGGGAGCAUUUCUGUCAAUUGAAGCUCUCACCUUUAAGUGCUCAAGCUGUUCUUCAAGUGAUAAAUGUUGCCCGGUAGUGUCUUGUUUUUCGUUCACACAUAUUAUUGAAGUAACGAGUUCUAGUGAGCAUGUUUUCCCUGUAUUCUUACAUACUUGUAAAUACCAUCAAAGGUGUGAGGUGCUUAGAAGUCAAGUUAAACCAGGUGGUGGAGCUAUAAAACCUAGUGUAGAUAUUGGCAGAUGCAUACUACGGAACAUAGAUGUAAUUUUGCUUACUAUUGUUUGUUUGCCAUUUCAAUGGCUAUAGACGAUUCAUCAUAUCAAAUUUGAGGAGAUUUGUAUAAUCGUGCCCAAGAGUGUUAGCUACCAGUUUGUUCCUCUAGAGUAACAGAGCAGCGUCAACACUUGGUUUAGAAAAAAGCUCCAUUCUAGAUUAUUAUUCAUGAUAUUGUAAAUAUACUCUUCAUAUUAUUGUAACAUUUCAUCUGCUGCUCAAUUUAAUUGUUGGUUACUGAUCUGAUGCAGUUUUGCUCUUCUUGAAAAAAAAUCUCCUGCUUGUGCAAAACCUUUCGCUUCCCACUGUGAGUUGGUCAACUUACUUAGGUACAAAACUACAAAUAGAUAAGUGCAGAGAACAAUACCUUUACGAAAAAAAGCUAAUUGGCCAAAUCCAUUACAUCUCGACAAAGACGUUGAAUGUAGGCUUCCGUAGUCAUUCACUGUCCAAAUAAAUGACCUAAUGAGGAGAAAUGAUAGGAAUAUGAUAAAUAGAUAAGUUUCUGCUGUCUGCACCUUUAUGAAUACUUUAAUAUAGUACAACAACUACAAUGUUUCUAUGCUCUCCACCAACUCCACAAGUGAAAUAAACUUAAACCCCACAGAACAUGUGCCUCCAGUUGUUUACUACUUAUGCCCUCUGAAGUAGAUUUUUCUGCAUAAAAUCAGAACCAUACAUUCCAGCAGUUGCAAUCUUUAGCAUCUUUAAGAAUGUUCAAACUUCAUUUUUCUUAAACCUAAGGAGCCAAUCUUGACUUGUUUUAUAGAUGGAGCAAAAGUUGAGAUGGAUUACUAUGUGUUGGGCAUAGCUAGGCAGGUUGUAAUCAUGAUGAUCGCGAUAUCAAUGCUAUUGCUGUUUGUGGGGAUAGGAACUCUGAUCGUGAUUCAUGUCUGUAUCGUUGGGAGAGCUUACAGAAGAGGAAUUGGAACCACUAACAUGCUGGAAAGAGGCAGUUUACCUAGCAACAGCAUGUCCCAUGAGGAUAUAGAAAAGCUCCCUUCCUAUGCUUUUCAGUCCAAAAAUAAAGGAACUAGUCGAAUUGAAUGUGCAGUUUGUUUGGAUAAUCUCAAGGUGGGUGAAAAGUGCAGAUUGUUGCCUCUGUGCAGUCACAGUUUUCAUGCUGAAUGCAUAGACUUGUGGCUCUUGAAAACCUCCAUUUGUCCAAUUUGCAGAGCUACUGCUGGUGGCUCGAUAUCUGGUGGAGAAAGUAGCCGCUACAGUGAAAGUGGUAGGCAGGAAUUAAACGGGGAAACGGCUGAAUUAGCAGAGACGAUAUUUGCACCAGAGAGUGACAAUCCCAUCAACAGUUCAAGCUUUGAGACGAUAGCAAAUCAUACAGGGAGUACAGCCCAAAACAGUGAGCAAUUGAGUGGAAUUGGUUCAAUAGAUGGCCAAAUUACUAGUGAAGUCUAUGUGAAGAUUAGUGAAACAAGUAAUGAUUUGAGAGAGAGCCAAGAAGAAGUUGUGCAUGCAAGUACUGAGAAUUCUACUGAGUUGAGAGCAACCCAACCUAUAGAAACUAUCCAUUUGGUCCAUGAAGAAACGCUACAAUCAAGAGAAUCCCAAACUGCUCAAUUAAACUUAGCUGAUCAGAGUUGACAACCAUUUAUAUUGGUCUGUUGCUUCACCCAGAAAAUAUUGUUUGGAAUGUAAACUUAUACGUAUUCUUGUUUCUGAUUUAUAUAAAAAGGCUUGUUGUUUGCA